AUGGCGACGCCGUUCGCGAACGCGGGUCGAGGAGCUGCACCACCAGCAACGCCUUAUUAUCGACAAUAUAUCCCACCACAACAGACCUCACAUCGCGUAGGGCCAACCGUCACCGAUGACUACGAAAGAUGGUACACAGAAACUAAUCCCAGUAAUCGCAUGUUACUUUCUCUGCGCUCAGGCAUCACCUUGGAAAUUGCUUGGGCCCUAGAUAGACUUUAUAGGCUCUGCGACAAUGAGCAGUUCGUCCUAACGGCUAUUCCUGGUCUCGCAGACGCCCUAUUUGACUGGCCCGAGUGGUACGUUGCAAGGGGCAACAAGGAUACGGAGCAGUUCAAUCUGUUUUCUUCUUCCAAAGAUGAAGACCGCAAACGACGGCAUGCUUUGGAAUCUCUGUUCAUUCUGCGUAACUGUUCCUCCAACGAGCCGAAUGCUCAAGAACUCGCUAGUCAUCCGCGUACGAUGCCUUUGGUGCUCAAUGCGUUACACAACUUGGACCCCGAUAUGGACAUGAACGUUGAAUUUGUCCUUCACUCGAUAGAGCUACUGCAAGCCAUUUCUUCCAGCCUAAUAUUACCCUCCGCUACAUCUCCCCCACAUACCGAUCCGCUAGCGCCUCUGCAAAAUAUCACGGCCAACUCGUCUAACAGAUCUCUAAUCAUUGCAGCUCUUGUUACAAUCAACCUACUUUUUUCUAAUCCUGCCAACCUGAGCCGUCUAAAUGCGAAUUCUCCAGCCCUGUCCGCUUCAAUACGUUACCUGCCGCUGUUCGUAGACAAGCCACUAGUGGAGGCUUGUUUGACCUAUAUGUACACUCAUCUUUCCCAUCCACCUAUGGCUAAGGCUUUCCUUCUCCAUCCUGCCAUGCCCAGUACAGUCAGACUUCUUGUGAGUCUACUAGUGUCUGAGCAGAUAGAGGAACCAGUUUCGGUGGAUAUUAGCGGGUCAGUAUACACUGUUCCAGCCCUGACGGUGACUACUCAAGACCACAACUUGACAAAAGAAGAAAUGGAUACAUUGCUACCCAUGCCAGAACCACAACGUUGCUACGAAUGGAUGAAAACCAUGUUCGUGGCAAAACCAGAGGGAGAGCUCACGCAGGUGGACUUUUGGAACCUUUACAAAGACGUGUUCACGCCUCAUCACGAUAGAUAUCCUCUUCUCGUCGCAUCAGACGUUAUUAAAAAUGUCACUGUCGUAUUUCCUCAAGCUCAGGCGAUGGUGCUUCCUGGGCCAGCCCAACGUUUUAUCGUUCGAGGUGUUGAUAGACGCAAAGACACGUCAACGACCAAGGAAUUCAAAUGUCACUGGGAACGAGACCAAUGUACUGCCCCACCUUUUGACUCUCCUGGCGAAGUGUACGAUCACCUUCUAGAGCAUCUAAGUGCAUACGAAGGUUCAGAACUUCCUUGUCUCUGGUCAUCAUGUCCUGUCCCUACGAUGUCUAAAACACUUCUUCGUCCGCAUAUUCUGACGCAUUUAUCCACCAGCCAAUAUUCAGAAAAACAUCCUUCACAAGAUGACAUGAUUACGAUGACCUCUGAUAUGUACCCCUAUCCAUCACCAGACCCGACCACCCGCCCUCCACCACCUCCGCGGUACACUGCAGUCACUUACCGGAGACCUAUGAUGGACCCUCCUACCACUUCGCUCACAGCGUUGCUCUGCAUCCGUAUCCUCUUCCGCGCUUCCUUCGUGUCAUCAGACCCAGCGCCUCGCGUGGAUGCAGACCAUUUUGGCUUCCCAGGAGUAGUAGAGGACGAUGAUGAACCUGCAGAAGAGGACUUCACCGGGCCAGAUAGUGACCGAGAGGGCGAGAGACGCGGACGGAAGGCAUUUGUUAGCGUGAGGAGACUUCUUGAGGAUGUGCAGAUGCGAGACGAGGCUUUGAUGAGCUGGAUAGUGGAGAUGAUAGAUGCUGGUAUAUCUGGCACAGCUGCUGAUAUAUGAGAUGGGCGGAGCUAAUGAGUUCUGGUGUUGAUUAUCAUUGGUGUGAUUCAGAUGAUAGAUUGGGAGGUAAAGGUUUUAUAAAUGGAGUGUUGUGCCUUAGGUUCGGGCUUUUCCUGCAGACACGUAGGUAACAGCGCUACAGUCAUCCGACACUUGUGUAGUUUUGUCUUGUAUCGUGCGCGGCGUUCCUGGUCUGCCUAAAUAUACAACCAGGCUGCU